CAGUCACCGCCUCGCGUGACGCUUUCUAACGGGCGACACGCGGUUUCCGCAAUGAGUCCGCUUGCCUACGGCAGCCAGCGCGACAGCUGCCAGAUCCGAGUCGUCCCCACGUUCCACGCCGUGCUUUUGAGUCGACUCAAAAGCGUUCCACGCCGUGAAUCGCGCGCAGCGUGGAUCGCAGGGCCCGAUUGGUAACGCCUUAGAGCAAAAAUACAGACGAGAGUGGUUUAUUUUCUCGGUACUGGCGCAGGUGUGCGUCUUGGUCCAUGGCGGCACAGCCGAGAGUUUCUUCUAUCAGAAGUCUCGGAACCCGCGAUUUUUUUCGUGGGUUGUGAACUUUUCUCUAUCGAGGUGCUGAGAGCCAGAAGCCGCUAUCGCACGGUUGGUCGCACGCUUCGUCGCACGAUUGGUCGCACAGGCUGUUCGCGCAGGCUGUCGUGCUCUCCGUCGCUCCGAGAAGCCUAAUAAUUUACGAGCUUUUGUUAACGGCUGCUGUGUCGACGGCCUCUCGCUCAACGAAGUUACGGAAGUUGCACACACGGACUGGAUAGAACAAAACCAGGCUGUCUAAUUCAACUACAGGUGCCCAAUCACUUGGAACGUUUGCCGACCAGCUAGGGGUUCCCGGUGUUGCACUACAGAGAGGCGUCCUUUGAGGGGGACAGCUGUACGAGGGAGCAAGGCGCGAGGGAGAAUGGGACCGGCGGUCAUUGGGAGUCUCAGAUCUAGGCCGUCCGCAAUGGCGAGAUCAGCGGUUAGGAUGCCACGGAUGGUGCCUCUAGCGCUAUCACUACCGUCAGUUGCGUCGUCUUUGCCCUCGUUACAGUCACCACGCACUUCCACGAACAAGGAGCUACAAUGUGUGAUAAAAAAGAAGAAAUGUCAGAAGAAAGCAAGCAAACAUAGUGUCAGUCAUGGCACUGUAACGAGUGGCACCCUCGCGUUUGUCACCUUGCUGCUGAUGUCAGCAACCUCUACUCUAGCACUGGCAUCAUCUGCGUCUGUGCAAGCAGCAGCUGCAGCAUCAUCAGCACCAGCAGCACCAGCAGCACCAGCAGCACCAGCAGCAGCACCAGCAGCACCAGCAGCACCAGCAGCAGCACCAGCAGCAGCAGCAACGCCCUCCUCUGCACCUGUGCGGGAACCAGCAGCACCAGCCCCGCCAGCAGCGCCAGCAGCAGUAGCAGCGGCAACGCCCUCCUCUGCAUCUGCUCCUCGCCCACCGUCCUUCCCUGCUGCUGCCGUCACCGCCACUGCUGCUGUGGGAGGCGCUGCUGCCCUCAAUGCUGCAGCCGCAGCCAACCAAUCAGACGCUAUCCCGGACCCAAUAGUCCGCCCGCCCCCCACCGACCCCUUCCUGCUGCACCCCCUGCCUCCCCCAAUCCGCGGGGCCAUCGUGCCUGCCCCUCCCGCACCCUGCUUCGGCGUGAUGGUCGCUUACGUGGUGGAGAGCAUCAUUGACAUUCCGUCUGUGUGGAACGGGAGUGUGAAGCCGUAUGGCUUCAAGUCAAAGAUUGAGCUACUGAAUGCGGGCAAGAGAGACCUGGUGGGGUGGGAGGUGAGGGUGGAGUUCACCCGCAACGAGCUCAUCACUCUGCUGGGCAAUGCACAAGUGGAAUUCGAACUGCCGUACCCAGGCUCCGCUCUCCUCUUUUCCAGCAUUGAGGAUCAGAGCGACCGACUCAUCACUGCGAUCCAUGCGGGCGGCGACGUUCGGCAGUAUGUGGUGUUUGCUGAGCUGUUUGGGACGGAGUUUGGGGCGGCAACUGCCAGCAAGGCGCUUCCGCGCACGCUCUACCUCACCACGCCUGGUUUCCAGUGUGCGUCCAACCGACCGCAGUUCCCAUCUCCCAACAGAAUUCAGGUCUGUUGCAAAGAGACCGCCUACCCGCCUCCACCUCCCCCCAGCCCACUUCCGCACCUCCCCCCCAUCGUUCCGGCAUUGAUGGUCCAGAUCGACAUCACAGCAGCAAGCGAUCUGGACCAUCAGAUGCUCGUCACGAUCCGCAACCUGCAGGCAGACCGGCGCGUCGGGCCCCCGAGGAAUGACCCCUGGGCGGUCAGCUGGCGAUGGACCCAGAAUGAGGCAGACCGGCGUGUCGGGCCCCCAAGGAAUGACCCCUGGGCGCUCAGCUGGCGACGGACGCAGAACGAGAUUGUGUGGGAGGCGUCUGGGGCACAGGCUACGCAACAGGGCAAUUGCCAGCAAUCCACCUCUGCAGCAGUCUACGGCGGGGGGAUCGCCAGCGCCCACUCCUGCUCGCCCCGCCCCACCUUUGUGGACCUCCCAGGGAGUGCUUAUUACUCGGAGAGUGGGAGGGACUUGGGGGCGACCCUGGGAGUGACGCUCUCCUGCUGCAAGAAUGGGUCCAUUGGGCUGCCCGCGUUUCCCUAUGGCGACCCUGCUCUCACACAGUACCUGGGCAACACCUCACUGGCGCAGUUUCGUCUGCGCAUCGGUCGAGCACGCCAGUUCAAGUCCAUACCCGGCAUCGCCCCGCCCCGCAACCUCUCUCUGGGCCUCCCAGGGAUAGUCUGCUCUGCUGCCAUUCGCAUCGACCCCUCCCAGUUCCCGGUCAACCCGUCCCGCAACCUAUCAGCGGUUGCCACGUGGCGCUACUCCUGCUACCGCGACCCCUCCUCCCCACCCCCCCGCCCGGCGUGCUGCGUGUCCUUCUCUGCUGCCUUCAACGCCACUGGCUCCCCCCAGGGCAGCUGGGGGAGCAUCCCCUUUGGGAUCAGCCGCAGCAGCAGCAAGGGGGGCGGCAGCGGGCAGUUCUACGUGGCUCCCUGCAAGAGCUGUGCCUGUGGCUGUCCAGGAGCGGCAGGAGAGGCUGCCACUGCUACUACCACCUCUUCCUCCUCCGCCUCCUCGUCUUCCUCUUCUUCCUCCUCUUUGCUCUCCUCCGUUCCGCCCACGUCUCCUUUCCCCCCUCCAUCACUUUUGAGCCUCCUCGCUCCUCUGUCUGCUGCUAAGAAUGGGACUGCUACUAACAGUACCAAUCGCCACGUGGGGCUGCGUGAUUGGCCCAUGUGUGCUGCACCUGACACACUCUUUGAUACGAUUGGAGGGAGGGGGGAUGUGGUCCCUUCCAAGAAGCUUCCUGGCUGGUACGAGGAAGACAGGGAUUUUAUUUCUGCCCGGUGUCGCGACAACUGCCCGAUUCACAUCCACUGGCAUGUCAUGGACGUGUUUGACGACGGAUGGGUCGCCAAGCUGAGCAUCAUCAACCGCGGCAACAGCAGCAUUUCUGAUUGGAUUGCUGCGGUCACCCUCUCUUCCCUCGCCAACACCUCUGCCGUCUACUCAUUCGCGUCUGCCAACAUCUCUGCCACCUCCCGUCUGCUCUACGGCUUCACAGGAAGCAACAGCUGGUUGGAGGGCACGCUGCCUUCCCUCAAGGGCAAGACCUUUGGCAACGUGCAGAGCGUUUUCAAGUUCGGCCUACUCCCAGGUCUCAAUCUAACUGCAGCAGACGGAAAGAACCUCUUCCCCUCACUCAUCUCCUUUGACGGCUACUCCUGCUCCAUGCCAGACCACUUCCCUCUCUACCCUCCGCCUCAGCCCCCUGCCACGGCCAUUCCCGCGCGCUAUAUCGCGGUGAUUAUAGCAGUAUGCCUGGCUGCCAUACUCAUGUUUGGUGUGCGAUUCUAGGCUCAGGUAUGCCUCUAGUAGACUCGUGUGUACCCCCAACCACAGCCAUUCCCACGCGCUACAUUACUGUCAUAGUGUGUCUGGCUGCUUUCUUAUGUGUGGCAUUCGCUUCUAGCUUGUUCUUGGAGACAAUUACCUUAGCCUUUCAAGUACCAGUAUUGUCUGCCUUAGCCACACAACCUCCCAGCACGGAAGGACAAUCCCUGUGAUAACCGCAGUGUGCCAGGCAGCUCUGCUAAAGUUCGGUGUGCAAUUCUGGAGUGUGGUAAGAGACUCAUGUAUUUUUACCUCACCUGCUCCUAGUGGGUAACUGAUCAAUUUGUGGCAAAAGAAGGCAGACUAACAUCAGUUUCUACUAAAGCAAGGCUCUACUA